GAAACAGAAUCCUGACGCACGCCGACAGCGUCUCGACCUCUGACAACAAGACGCCGCUUGUCGAUGCAAUCUUCAUCGCUCAACCCAGCGUCAUCACGUACCCCGACGGCAUGGAACGUGUCACCUGCCCGGCAUCGCUUGCCAUUAGCGACAAGGACAUGGCAGUCGCUAUGGAUCAGGUCCGGAUGACGGAGAAGAUUUGGGAGCGUAAGAAGGGGGCUGUGGACACUGAGGAGAUGGUGGUGUAUCCUGGGGCGAAUCAUGGGUUUACGAACCGUGUGGAUCAUUUUAAUGAGAAUUUGCCGAGGCAGUGCCAGGAGGCAGAGGAUCAGGCAGUGAGGUGGUUUGCGAAUUAUUUAAAGCUGUGAGAGUGACGUUUCUCUAUUCGACGCUGAGGUCGGGUAUCUACUGCGAUGGCAUCCCUCGAUAAGAUUCUCAAUCUCGCAGAGUGGCUUGUUUGCAAAGAGACAGAGCUCCUGGUUCCGCACCCGCUACAUAUCUGGUCUCGGUACGACUUCUACCAGCCACCCUCAUGUCUACGACGUCUAUCUGCGUUCGUGUGCAAUCGUUCACCCGAUCGCACGCUGUGUCGUCCUGCUGCCCACAUUUGCUCAGUCUUGGAUCAAACGUGUAUUUCCCGAAUGGUUUCUUCUCGCCCCCGUUGUCUUGAAAACUCAAAAGCGGCCCGAGCCGGGCAACUGCAAGAACGAGCCG